AUGGAAGAGUUACUUUUAACCAGAGAACCCCUUGAUAUCGUCAGAAUUUCUACGGCAUUAUUUGUACGAGUAGAGAAAGGUGAAUGGACAGGCAACCUCGAAAAGGAGGUGGAGAACUUUGAAAAUAUUUUGCAAAAAGUUUUAGAGCGAGUCCCCUCGGAGGAUGUUGAAAGAAAAAAGAAGCUUCGAAAUUUUGGUACCGGGAAAAAAUUAGCUAAACGGGUUUUCUAG